GACAACAGUUUUAUUUCUUGAUCAUUCUUUUCUUUUCUUUUCCUUGCUCUCACCUACCCAAUUUUCUGCUUUUUCGCUUCGAAGGUGGUGAUUCAUCGGUAAAGCUGGAUAUCCUUGGUGCGAAAUGAGUGCUGUCCCGGUGGCCGAGGGUCGCACUCACGCAGAUCCCGAGAAUCUCCAUACAUCCUCUAAGCCAAAGCUCACACGAUGGCAGCGGAUCGAAAAUAUCAUUUGGGAUGGCGGAGAUCGGACCAAAGAGGAAAGAGAUUUGGUCCGAAGACUUGACAUAUUCAUUAUGAGCUGGGCUACGAUUGGGUACUUUGUUCGACUUUUGGACUCGGCCAAUGUUACGAAUGCAUAUGUGUCUGGUAUGAAAGAGGAUCUUAACUUCUCAGGGGCAGAUUACAAUCUACUCUCGACGUAUUUCAUUAUCGGCUAUUGUAUUGGACAAGUGCCAUCGCAGCUUGUUCUGACUAGAGUUCGUCCGUCAUAUUGGUUACCCACAUGCGAAUUGUUGUGGUCCAUCAUUACAUUUUGCUUCGCUGCUGUCCAAAAUGUGAGAGACGUUUUCGCUCUCCGGAUUGUUAUGGGCUUCUUGGAAAGCCCGUUUGCAGUUGGUGUCUUGACUGUCAUGGGUAGCUGGUACACGCCUCGGGAAUUGUCUAAGCGGAUUGCCAUUUUCUAUUCUGCAUGCUAUGCUGCAAGUAUGUUUAGCGGUUAUCUCCAAGCAGGCAUUUACAACGGCAUGGAUGGCCACCUGGGGCUUGCUGGGUGGCGUUGGCUCUUCAUAUUUUGCGGAGUCAUAUCUCUACCAUUUAGUAUCUACGGCUAUAUCGCUAUUCCUGAUAAUCCAUACACAAGCAAAGCUCGCUGGUUGAAACCAAAUCAGGUUGAAUUUGCCCGCAAAAGGAUGGAAUUCUUUGAUCGUCGACAACCUACUCGCCUCACAUGGUCGAAGAUCAAGCGUGUACUAACACAUUGGCCGAUAUAUGCAUUUACAGCCGCGCUUAUCUUCCAGUGCAUUGUGACGCAGCCCCUCAACUACUUCGCUGUUUGGCUUAAGGCUCUCGACCGCUUCUCGGUCUACCAAGUCAACCUCAUUCCUACUGCAGCCCAAGCGGUUGGUCUGGUAACCACACUGGCAUAUAGCUGGAUAUCUGACGGCUUUGAUGGAAACAGAUGGGGAGCUCUCCUGAUUCCGGGAAUAGUCAAUCUUGUUGGGAUGAUUAUAGUAGCUGUUGGACCGGGAUUCGGAGCGACACUGUUUGGGUAUCUACUAAAUGGUGCUAGUUGGGGGUUCUGGCCUAUUCAAUACGCGUGGGCCAAUGAAAUUUGUGCCAAGGAUCCGGAAGAAAGAGCAAUUGUCAUUGGCGUUGCGCAGACAUUUGGACAGGCGUUUGUUGCCUGGGUCCCUGUCGUCAUCUUGAAUACCUCCAAGUAUGCGCCGAAGUUUACGAUGGGAUAUAGCAUUAUGUGUGGUGUUAGCGCCUUACAAUUAUUAAUGAUAUUUGUCAUCCGGUGGUUCCAUCAGAGGGAGAAGAAGCAAGAAGAGAGACAGAGAUUGGCCCUUAUUGAGCAAGCGAGGAAUUUCACAGAGGGUGUCAACAAUGGUAGUGGCCAGGUGCAGACUAUAAGGGACGAACCUAAAGUUUGAUGUGAUAUUUGAUUUAAAAAUAUAUCGGAACUAGAAACCAUCAUUUCCCUGGC